UCUCAAUUCCAUUCAAAGAAACGCCAAAAAACUAACAUGAAAACUGCUUCAAAAUUCUCCAAGAGUCACCGACUCCUAGGAAACUUCAUCACCAACUACAUGUAAUUUCCGAUAUAGUCUUUUGUUUCUAAAGUCAUGAGCAAAAGAAAAGUGACGAAAAUAUUACUCCUCGGUAAGCCUGACCAUCGAAACAACUUAUCUCUCUGCCUUCUCUGCUUUUUCAUCCAAAGGUCCAAUUAGCCUCUCUCUCUCUCGCUCUCUCUCUCUCCCUCACCGCCGGAGAUCGGCUAGAUUCCUCCGUCACCUCUAGUUCACGACAUAGAGCUUCAAAUUCUCCCUUUCAGGAUCUUUGCUUCUCCGACAAUGGCGGCUACUACACAGUUCAAGUCUUGUCUUCUUCAACCCAAGUCUGGCUCCACCACAAGCCGACUAAACCCUUCUCUCGUUAAUCCUCUUACGAAUUCGACAAGAGUUUCGGUUUUGGGGAAGAGUCGUAGAGAUGUCUUUGCGAAGGCUUCGAUGGAAAUGGCGGAAUCGAAUCCGAUACCUUCCGUUGUCAAUUCCUCUAAGCAGAAUGGUCCUAUCAUCGUGAUUGAUAAUUACGACAGCUUCACUUACAAUCUCUGCCAGUAUAUGGGAGAGCUAGGAUGUCAUUUUGAAGUAUACCGCAAUGAUGAACUUACAAUAGAGGAGCUUGAAAGAAAAAAUCCAAGAGGGGUAUUGAUUUCUCCUGGACCUGGUACACCUCAAGACUCUGGGAUUUCUUUGCAAACCGUUUUGGAACUCGGACCAUUUGUUCCUUUAUUUGGAGUAUGUAUGGGUUUGCAGUGUAUAGGAGAAGCAUUUGGAGGAAAGAUUGUGCGGGCACCAUUUGGUGUUAUGCAUGGGAAAAGCUCAAUGGUACACUAUGAUGAGAGAGGAGAAGAAGGCUUGUUCUCUGGACUAUCUAACCCUUUCCUUGUAGGUAGAUAUCACAGCCUCAUUAUCGAAAAAAAUUCAUUUCCUAGUGAUGAACUCGAGGUUACAGCAUGGACAGAAGAUGGUCUGGUUAUGGCUGCCCGUCACAAGAAAUACAAGCAUAUACAGGGAGUUCAAUUUCAUCCGGAGAGUAUUAUAACAACUGAAGGCAAAACAAUUGUCGGCAACUUCAUCAAACUCGUAGAGAAAAAAGAAUCUGAGAAGUUGACAUAGACUUCGCCUGAAUGAGAAAUCAGCUAAUCAGUUAUGUUCGAUUAGUGCCUCUGUGUAAUAAUGUUUGCUAAUGCAAAAUGUUCCUUGUCAUCUUCACAUUGUUUUUAUCAUAAAUGUCAGAAAAACUAUGGUGAUUUACGUUAUGUUAUGUCUAUCGUAAUUCGUAAAAAAUGGUUGUGGGCAUUUCAGUUUU